CUCCAAAUCUCGUUAUCGAUUCACUGUGCGCGGUCGAUCAAAGUCACCAAGAAUCAUCCCCGCGCUCUCCUGCACACAUUUAUGGUUCUGGCAGAACUUUAAGCACAGAUAAAAGCAAUCACACGUCGAAAUGUCCAAUCUCGCUCGCACUUUUCGCCCUUUCCUGAGGUGCGUUCGCAGUCAGAGGAGAACCUACGCAGACACUGCAACUGAUCAAAUGAAGUUUACAUUCGCUGGUGCUAAUCAGGUGUUCUAUGAUCAAGCUGUGAUCCGUCAAGUUGAUGUACCUUCCUUCUCGGGUUCUUUUGGUAUUCUGCCAAAGCACGUGCCUACACUGGCAGUUUUGAAACCUGGCGUAGUUACAGUUUAUGAAGACGACGGCUCGACCAAGAAGAUCUUUGUCUCUUCUGGUACAGUUACGAUUAAUGAAGAUAGCAGUGUACAGAUUCUAGCAGAAGAAGCUCAUCCAGUAGAAAAUCUCGAUGGUUCGGCAGCAAGAGAUGUUCUUAACAAAGCCCAGCAACAACUCUCUUCUGCAACAUCAGACACAGAUAAGGCUGAAGCAGGGAUUGCAGUAGAAGUUGCGGAAGCUCUUGUGCAAGCUACACAAUAAAUAUUAUAAGUGAUAUGAAAUUACAUAUAUGUAUAAAUACUUCAAUACGCUACCAUUUAGAAACAGGCAUGUGUUCAACACAUUCUUAUAAUAAUAUUGUUGUAUGACAGUGGAACAACAAUAAAAA